AUGAAGAGGGAGCGCGACUCUCCCGUUCUCAUAAAUCACCUGGGAAUCAGUCCCCUCCCUCCCCAGCUGCAGCCCCACCUGUGGGAAAGCUUAAAGCCCAGCCUGGGUAGGUCCGGACAGUCGGAGCCGGCUCCCCACAGGACCAUGGUGAAGUCCAGCAGCAUCGUCCUCCUGGUGGGGCUCCUGGCUCUCUGGGCCGAGCUGCCGUCUGCAUCUGGCCAGAACAUUACCAAGAAAGAGGGCGUGUGCCCAGACACAGUGGUGGAGGCGGCUAACUGCACAGAGGAAUGCCAGGCCGACAGCGACUGCGAGGAGAACCUCAAGUGCUGCCAGACGAGCUGCGGAUGGUCCUGUCAGAUCCCCAAUGAGAAACCUGGCUCGUGCCCAGUGGUGCAAGGUGGAAUCCCCUUACUGGGCCUGUGCAAGAACCAGUGCAAAGUGGACUCGCAAUGCCAAGGGACCAUGAAGUGCUGCAUGAACGGCUGUCGCAAGCUGGCGUGUGUCCGCCCAAAUUUUUAAAGAUGCCUCCUAGCUCUGCCCAUCACCAGGCAAAGGGGGAGCCUGUCGCUCUGCACACGACUCCCAGUGCCCCAGCGUGGAGCUGUCCUGCUCCCCAGCUCCCUGCCCAGGGCUCUCACGGACCAGCACAUCCAGACUCCAGGCUCUCCCCGACCCCAAUAAACAGCCUUGCCCUGCA